AUGGUCCGCAAUAUCGUCGUCAUCGGGGGCAACUCUCACCCCCAGUUGACUCAGACCAUCUGCAGUGUCCUUGGCAUUCCCCCGGCGGAGGUCCUGCUGUCUAAGUUUGCCGUGGGCGAGACCCGGGUUGAGAUUCAGGAGUCCGUGCGUGAGAAAGAUGUCUAUAUCAUCCAGUCUGGUGGUGGCAAGGUCAACGACCACCUGUUGGAACUUCUCAUCACGAUCUCUGCCUGCAAGACUGCUUCCGCGCGCCGGGUGACCGCAGUCCUUCCCUUGUUUCCCUACUCCCGCCAAAGCGACAUCCCUUACGACAAGGCCGGGGCUCCUCUUGUGAAGUCAUCCGUGACCAACCGCCUCAACAACGGCUACACCUUUGAGAGCACUCCCUCUACCCCCGGCCCUGGCGCAAAGACGGAGGGCUUGGGUUUGAUGAACGGCAUGGACAACCUGCAAAGGAGUUUGGCCAAGGCUCAGAUUGAAGAAAGCAAUGGCAGCCCAGUAAAACGGCGCCCUGCUAACGGGCUCCCCCGGAGCGACACCACCGACUCCGUCAAGUCCUUAACCAACCCUGUUGUGCCGGAAGACACUUCCAGUAAUGGCUCUACAUCUUCCAAGAUCAACUCUUUCCAGCCGCGUCCUGGCUACAAGCAGUGGGUUGCACAGGCAGGAACCCUGGUGGCUGACCUGCUCACCUGCGCAGGUGCGGAUCACAUCAUCACCAUGGAUCUGCACGACCCACAGUACCAGGGCUACUUUGAUAUCCCUGUUGACAACCUUUACGGACGCCCUCUCCUGAAGAGCUACAUUCAGCGCAAUAUCCCCAAUUACAAGCAGGCUGUCAUUGUCAGUCCCGAUGCUGGUGGUGCUAAGCGUGCCACAGCCAUUGCCGACUCUAUGGGCAUGGAGUUUGCCCUGAUCCAUAAGGAACGACGCCCUACCAAGAUUACAGACAGACAGAAUGCCACCAUGAUGCUGGUCGGUGAUGUCCGCGAUCGGAUAGCCAUUCUGAUUGAUGAUUUGGCGGACACAUCAAACACAAUCACACGGGCGGCUAAGUUGCUGAAGAAGGAGGGUGCUUCCCAGGUUUAUGCGUUGGUGACUCACGGCAUUCUGAGCGGUGACGCUAUCGAGCGCAUCAAUGCCAGCUCACUCGACAAGGUGGUGGUGACCAACAGCGUAGACCAAAGCGACCACCUGCGCCGCUGCCCGAAGCUUGAGGUCCUAGAGGUCGGCCACGUUUUCGCUGAGGCCAUCCGCCGAGUCCACCACGGUGAGAGUAUCAGCGUUCUGUUCCAGUAUGAUUGA